AUGCAUUUGAUUGGUUAAUUAAUAAAUAAAAUAUAGAUUUACAUGAAGUAUCGAUAAAAUAUGAAAUAUGGCGGACGAAGACACUGUUAGCAAAAUGCCACAAAAGAAAUAUUAUCGACAAAGAGCACACUCUAACCCUAUAGCAGAUCAUGCUCUCGAAUAUCCCACAAGUCCCGACAAAAUGGAUUGGUCGUCUUUAUACCCUGCAUUCUAUGGUAAGAAUGAUUGUUCUACCCAGUCAAAAGUUCAAGUGGAGUUUGCUGACAUUGGUUGCGGUUAUGGUGGGUUACUAGUUUCUUUAGCCACAAAAUAUCCUGAGACCUUGAUGCUUGGAUUAGAGAUCAGAAUCAAGGUUAGUGAUUAUGUUAAGGACAAGAUUGUUGCACUACGUAAAGAAAAUCCUGGUCAAUAUCAAAACAUCAAUGUUCUUCGUGGAAAUGCAAUGAAAUAUUUGCCAAACUAUUUUAAUAAAGGACAGUUGAAGAAGUUGUUUUUUUUAUUUCCGGAUCCUCACUUUAAACAAAAGAAACAUAAAUGGCGUAUAAUAAGUCCCACACUUCUUGCAGAGUAUGCCUACAUUUUAUCUGUUGGAGGUAUUGUAUAUACGAUCACAGAUGUACCAGAUCUUCAUGAAUGGAUGAAGAAGCACUUCAUUCAACAUCCAUUAUUUGAAGAACUAUCUCAAGAUGAACAAGAGAAAGAUCCCAUAGUACCUGAACUUGGAAUGUCGUCUGAAGAAGCAAAGAAAGUCACAAGAAACGGUGGAGCCAAAUUAAUUGCUAUAUUUCGAAGGAUAGAAGACAAAUUUGAUGAUGGAUAAUGAUGGAUCAUUUAUAUGUGAACUUGGAAGUACAUUUGUGUAUAUAUGUGGAUUGUUUUUUGAGUGAAUAUAUCUGAAUUAAUUGAAACAUUGUUUUAUUAAACAAACAACUUGUGACAUGAGUUAGCUGUACGUCAACUAUAGCUUAAUCACUUCUUUAAAAAUCUUCCAAAUCUAGUUUAUCUACCAAACUUUUCAUGUUUUUGAAAAUACUACCAAUGUCAAUGAACAUCAGAUAUUGAAUUUUGGAUAAUGCUUUUCUUAUUUACUUUUAGUGAAAACUAAUAAAGCUACAUAAAUAAUUACACUAUUCUAACAGAAAA